AUGUGGGCGUGGCCAAUGUGGAGACUACAAAUCUCACCUGCACUGGCAGGAUCUGGCUCUUGCCAUGUACUGACAGAGUACGAAGACAGUACUGACUGACAGUGAGGCAACCACGGACGUUAGAGCAGCACGGGCCUCACACAACUCAAUAUGACCAGUUACUAUACAAGUCAGCUCUCUGAGCCGUCCACCUCUGGAUUGAGACUGAUUCUACUGGGGAACCUCGGGUGUGGGAAGACGUCUUCAGCAGACACCAUCCUGGGCCAGCUGUCCCCCGUCUCACCCUCUGCUUCUAGAAGCUGCCAAGUACGACGAGGCUUCUCUGAGGGCCGGGAUGUGACUGUGGUAGAGGCUCCGAGGUGGUACUGGAAUGGCGGCAGGAUGGAGACCAGCGUCAGGCAGGAGACGGGACGAGCAGUAGACCUGGUUGCACCUGGACCACAUGCUAUUUUGCUUCUAGUGCCAGUUAGCCAGUUUACUGAGAUGGAGUGUCGUGUCCCAGCGGAGCUGGAGGAGGUUUUUGGUGAGAGGUCGCUGGAUCACACACUUGUCCUCCUGACAUGUGGAGAUUACCUGAUGGGAAGAACCGUGGAGGAAUACUUGGAGAAGGAACACCCAGGACUGAAGCAGAUUAUUGCCCGCUGUGGAGGGAGGUACCAUGUGAUCAAUAAUCGUCAUCGAGAGAACAGGGAACAGGUCUACGGGCUGCUGGAGAAGGUGGACAAUAUGGUGAAGCGAAAUGGGGUCUUCCACAUAAAAACAGAGCAGGAGAAACUGGCCGAACAACAGCAACAGGAACGGAUGGAAAAAUAUGCAGCUCAACUGGAGGAGGAAAAAAAGGCCACGUCCAGAUACGCUGUGACCACACAGACACGGAGGGGUAUUACAGAAGAGACACAGAGUGCUAACCUAGAGAGGAGGAGGACACAGAUGAGAGACGAUAUACAGGAAAGACAGGUGUCCGGACAGUUCCAGUCACCGCCGUCAUCAGAGCAGUGGGAUGGAGGACAGGUGAAGCGCUUCAGGCUGAAUGCAGAAGGAGCAAUACUGUCACAGGCCACAUCAUCUCCAAAGCUGAGAACCACCUAUUAUCACAGAAUCAACAGUUCUGAGGAGAGAUCACCUCCUUCUGUCUCCUCCUCAUCUCCCUCACCACCUUACUCCACCGUACCCUCCUCCCCUAAAACAUCACCAUCUUCCCCUCGUUCAUCCUCUCUGUUCACCUUUGCCCCAGCCUCCCACAGCCCUUCCUUCACCUCAUCCUAUUCAACCCUCUCAUCAACGUAUGCAUCACCCUCUUCUUCAUCCUCUGUCUCCUCCUCGUUCCCCCAAUCCUCUUCCUCUUCCUCUUCCCCUGAGCUGCGACUUGUUCUUCUGGGAAGAUCUGGAGCAGGGAAAAGCACGGCCGGAAACAGGAUCCUUGGGCGAGAGGAGUUCAAGUCCCAGACGGACAGUCUUACACCAGUCACUCAGGAGUGUGAGAAGAAGAAAGCUGUGGUCGAAGGAAGAAGUGUGGCAGUGGUGGACACUCCAGACUGGUUUCAGUCAGAAUGCUCCCUGGACGAAGUGCGAGCGCAGAUCUCUUCCUGUGUGGCUUUGUCCAGCCCUGGUCCUCAUGCCUUCCUCCUGUGCACCCCCCUGGACCAGCCGGCCAAGAUGGAGCUCCAGGCACUCACGGCCAUCGAGACUGUCUUCGGCUCCGAGGCUGUGCAAAAUUACACCACGGUCCUGUUUACUUACGCAGACAAACUGAGGGAAGGGGAAAAGAUAGAAAAGGACGGCGUGGAGGCCUACAUCGCUCAUCAGAGGAAGGAUCUGUUGAGCCUUGUGGAGAAAUGCAGGGACAGGUUUCAUGUGCUUGAUGAUACCAGAAGAAACACAUCAGAGCUGCUGGAGAAGGUGGAGCAGACGGUGAUGGAGGCCGGAGGACAGUUUUAUUCCUCUCCCGCUUUUCAAGAGGCAGAGCAACGAGUGAGAGAGAAGCAGAUGGAAAUAGCAAGAGAAAACAGAAGUAAAAAGCUGGAGCAAGAGAGAGCAGGAAGCGGCGGACAGCUGAGUUCCGAGAGAGACGUGUUCUACCCGUACAUGCAGACUGUGGCAGAAGCAGAGGAGGAAGUAGGAGAGGAGGAGAUUGAACAAACCAGGGAAGAAGCAGAGAUGAGUGUGAGCACCAUGGACAUCGAGAGCCUCCCACCUAUCACCAUGUCCGGCCUGUCCCCAUCAACUCUUAAAUCUAUUAUGGAGAAAAUCAGGUCCAACAGCCAACUGCUGGGUCAUUUUUUGUCAAGUAGCUCAGUGUGGGUGAGCGAGGGGGCAAAACAGGUUAAGACCAGUCCAGUUUGGGGUAAAGUCGGCAGUGGGGCACAGAAUGUCCAAAAGAUGGUGGUUGAUAGUUCAGUGUGGGAGAAGGUCGGAGCAAGUGCAAGACAUGCAUCUAAACUAGUUGGAGACAGAGUUCCCAAGGUGGUGGUGGACAGUUCAGCAUGGGUGGGAACUGGGGCAAAAGCAGCAGCUAAAAGUCCAGUGUGGGGCAAAAUGGGUUCAGGGGCCAAACUGAUGGCCGACACAUCUGUGAAACUAGGAACUGGACUCGGCAGUGGGGCCAAGAAUUUGGCACAAAAUCCCAUGUGGGGAAAAGUAGGGUCUGGAGCUAAGCUAGUGGCUGAUGGGUCCAUGCAGGUUGGAGCUGGACUGGGUGCUGGUGCGAAAAAGGUGGCACAGAGUCCAGUGUGGGGGAAAAUGUGCUCCGGGGCCAAGGCAGGAGCCACAAAGGUGGCUGAGAGCCCAGCGUGGGGGAAAGUCUGCAGCACUGCUAAACAGGUGCCUAAGGCAGUGAUUGCAGGUGCUCUGCUUGGUCUGCUGCUGGGGGUGUUUUUGGGUGGCAUUAUUGGGGGGGCUAUUGGCGCAGCUGCCGGAUCUGCACUCACUGAAGUGGGGAGGAGGAAAAUCCGCAGCAGGAACGCUUUAGAAAAGUGCAGCGAAGUGUCAGAAAGUUUGGACAGCAAAGUGGAUUCAAUGGUGAAACAAGGAGAGAAAGCGUUGAAGACAGACUAGAUCAGGGUUCCUGGGUGGACCGGUGUUCUUAUUUAGUCCAGCAGUAAUUCCAGAAUAAAAAUGAGCUUUUUAUUGGCUUGUUGCUUCUCAGAAAUAAAAAAGAAAACACUGAGCAUUAAAACAGAAAAUGCAGGGAAAAAUAAAAUGUAUGCAGCGUAAAACCUUUUCUGUAAAUGAAGUGAAUCUUAAAGCACUUUACAUCUUCAUAUGAUGUCAAAAUAAUUGAUGUGGUCUUAUUGAAGUUACUGUUGUUUCAAAGCUUUCAGAGAGAAAUGUAUUUAUCCUCUUCCGCACGUACGUAAUGCAGGAUGUACAGUAUAAUACAGUGGACUGAACACUGACUAUUUAUUACUACUGUAUCAGCAACACAAACUCCAUUAAACACCAUUCAAAUAUUAAACACGUGAGUGUUUUCAAUGCUACCAAGAAACAGAGUUUGUAGAUAAAAAUGCUACGAAAAUGUGGAUCAUUAACUUUAAUUUAUUUGAUAUUUUCAGCGUGAGACGUGUGGGUGUUUCUACAAAAUGGACAGACUUUGUUCUCACUAAAACGCUGACGUACCAAACUGGUUUCACUGCAAAUCUGUUAUGUUUUACUUGAAUAUGAGUGUUUUAUUGUGUUAAUGCCAGCUAAGAUUUAUCUGAGAGCCAGAUGCAGUCAUUAAAAGAGCCACAUUUGGCUCGUGACCACUGAUGUAAGGUGAGUAUAAUAAUCCCAUGGGUAGCCUUACCCACACCUCCACAGCUACCUGUGCAAAGACCCACCAUUUUAUAUCUGUAGACACGUGUCAGAUCAGUGUCACGUACAACCAAAGUUACAAACAGUCGAGAAUUGACUGAGACACAACAUAGUAUGGGUCACCAACUAUAUCUAUAACUAUAUAUAAAAUCUGACAAGCAAAAUGUCAGUCAGUAAAUAAACAAACAAAGACCUUGUGAUUCAUGUUAGCACUAACGUUGUGAACCUUCUGACUGAGUUAGUAAUUUCUAACUCCAGCACAGCAGAAGAAGAAGGUGCCGUGUGAAAUGUGUGAAAGCAGCCUCUUCCUGUUGGGUGGUCCUGAUACAGGGGAUGACUGAGCGUCCUGGUCGCUGUUUUCCCUUCUGUUUUAUACCACUCCCAUCUUCCAUUCGGCGGUUUCCACCCAACAUAUGCGAACCACUGAACACACACAUGCAGAAGGAAACACAUUGAUCGUCAUUGAGACACCACUAACUGUUGUCCCUUCCUUCCACAAAGUCAAACAUGCAGAGACCACCACACAGCUGCAGUGGCUUAUCUCCCACCACAUCGACCUCUUACCACCUCCAACCACAUCCAACGUCCCUCCUCACCUUCCUUACACAAAACCACUAACAUCUGUUCUACCAUUGCAAUAAUAUUUGUUAUUUUUUAACAAAUUUUUGAUUUUUCUUUUCCUUCAUACCAUAUGGAUCACAAUAAUAAUAGCAUUAUCUGGGUU